GAAACGUCGUCAUGGCGCCGCGGACAUGGAUGCUGCGGUUUGCACUUGUGCCUGCCGCAAUGUGGACCGCACUACCGGCUUCAUCUCACACGACGGUCGUUGUACCAGACCCCAGCGAAGCCGACAACAUCGAGCAGCUGCAUUACGACGAGGCGGAGGCGGCGCUCGCGGCUCGACAAGUCGCCGCGAUCACAGACUUUCAAAUCGACCUCAACUACUACGAGUACAGCCUUAUACCUGCCAUCAAGCCAGACUACACGAUUGGUAUCAUCGUCGAUCCGUGCAAGACACGGGAGCCUGGAUGCUGUCAAGAUCAGUUUGGGUCGCCGGCAUACAUUGUUCCGCGAUCCGACAUGAAUGACAAGGGCAUUGCAACAGUCGUAAACGAGUUCGGAGACCCCCUCGACAAGAAGCACAGUCGUCUUGGCGACACUCCGUCGGUGUUCGACCCCACUUGCCGAGUGGAUAUGGCAGGAAAAGUUUACAAGAACGAAACCACGAUCCACCCGAAUGGAUCCAUCACCCACGCCAUCGACUAUGCCUCUCUAUGCGUUGCACACGACUACGCAGCCGUGUCGGUCACCGACCGCGCGUUGCCAGCGUGCUGGGACAACAAUGCGACUGUGAAUGCACUCUUGCCGUGCUACACCUUCGCCGGACGGAUGAAGCCGCACUGUGUGUCGGUGGGGUACAUGCAGACCGCGUACAUCGUGCAGUGCAAUGGGCCAUUCGCGUUGGACAACCACUGCGGCACGUUUCUCGAGCUCCACAAGCCUCACGACGAAACGAUCUUGUCUCAAACGCGAUUGUUUGGUGAAUUCACGAGCGGGUACCGCACCACGACACUUCCUCUUUUCUACAAGGGGAAUCGAACCCGCACGGUGUGCAACGGCGACUACGAGAUCUGGUGGGUCGUGCGCACACGGUACAAGUUUGUCGUCAAGUUCAUGAAGAAGCUGUUCAUCACGACGCCAUUAUGUGAGUUCGACGACGUCACCAACGACUAUCGUGGGUACAAGGCCCUGGGAACCGCAUGAACACAUCGACCUUGACGCGGCAAGGUGACCGACCUGAUGGGGGGGUCCACGUGUCAUCGGAUGGGUCCCCAGUGAGGUGGGGGGUACGUUGAAA